UCUGCAUGCAAGUGCUCACAGUGGUUGCAAAGCAUUUGGACCGUGGCGACUCUUUGACACGCAGGUGAUACUGGCCAAGGAGCAAGAACAUGGAUAAAACAACUUUUGAAUCAAGACAUGGCUUUCCAGCAUAUAAGAGUAAUUUACCCAACAGCUCCUGCCAGGCCAUAUACACCUAUGAAAGGAGCCUUUUCCACUGUGUGGUUUGACAGGUAUAAGAUCUCUAUUGAUUGUCCAGAACACAUGGAAAGUAUUGAUUCUAUGUGCCAGAGACUUACAGACUUGAUCAAUGAUGAAAUUAAAAACGGCAUUGCAAAGAGCAGGAUACUAAUAGGAGGCUUUUCCAUGGGAGGUGGAAUGGCAAUGCAUUUAGCAUAUAGGUUUCAUCAAGAUCUGGCAGGAGUCUUUGCUUUGUCUAGUUUCCUGAAUAAAGACUCUGCUGUUUACCAGGCUUUGAAAAGAAAUGAAAGUGUUCUUCCAGAGUUAUUUCAGUGUCAUGGAACUGCUGAUGAUCUGGUUCUCUACUCAUGGGGUGAAGAGACGAACAAGAUGUUAAAGUCACUGGGAGUAUCAGCAUCACUUCAUACUUUUCCAAACCUUAAUCAUGAGUUAAGCAGAAUGGAAAUAGAAAAACUAAAAACCUGGAUUGUAAAAAAAUUACCUGUUGAAGCAGCAAAGACAAACAAUUAAAAGAAGAUGCAGCUUUCAUGUACUUCCUGAUUUUUGUGGUUUUAAGAUUGUGCGUGGCUUGUAUAUGGGUGUCCCAUAUACGUUAUAUAAGCACAGCUUCAGGUAGACACUGUUAUAUUCCAUAAAGCUCACUGAAGUGGUGAAAUGAUGGUGCUGACUAUUAACAUUAAUUUUAUCACAUGGGUUUCUUUUUCUG